AUGUGCCAGGAGAGGGCACUGGCCGGGAUCUCUGAGAGGGAUGGCGCUGAAGGCCAAGAGAAGGCUGUUCCUCCGGAAGGCGAGCUCGAUGCAGACCAGCCUGGCUGUUCUUGGCAGCUUGUUGAGCAGGGCCAGAAAAAGAAGAUGCCAGCCCCAGCUUGGUGGUGGCUCCUGGGCAUGGGCAUUGCUUUGCCAGGGUGGUGGCAGCAGGCAGCGGGCGAAUGGCGCCUGCCCUGUGACAGCCAGAUCUACUGCUCGGGGGAACUCUUGAAGCAAGUCCAGCUGGCCCAGCUCUUCCCCGACGACAAGGACUUUGUGGACAUGCCCCUGCAGAGGAGCCCAGAGGUGGUUCUGGCGCAGUUUCAGCGGCUGGUCAAUGCCACACUGGGAGGGGCUCUGCCCAGGAAGCAGCUGGAAGAGUUUGUGAAGACCCACUUCUCGCCCCCUGGGCAGGAGCUGGAGAACUGGGAGCCUCCCGACUGGACAGGCAGCCCUCCACUUCUUGAGAGGAUUGCCAACAAGGAGCUGCGGUCAUGGGCCCGGGAGCUCAACGCCAAGUGGAAACUCCUGGGCAGGAAGAUGAAGCCUGAAGUCCAGAGCAGCCCCCAGCGCCACUCCCUGCUCUACGUGCCCCACCCACUGGUCGUGCCUGGCGGGCGGUUCAUUGAAUACUACUACUGGGACUCCUUCUGGGUCAUUGAAGGCCUUCUGCUCUGCAACAUGACAACCACAGCCAAGGGCAUGAUCCAGAACUUCCUCUACCUGGUGGAAAGGAUCGGGCACAUCCCAAACGGAGGCCGGGUCUACUACACGCGCCGGAGCCAGCCGCCCUUCCUCACCCUCAUGGUGGAGAGUUACCUGAGGCACACCAACCACACAGACUUCCUCAGGGCCAACAUCCACCUGCUGGAGGCGGAGUACCAGUUCUGGCAAGAGAAGCGGGCCGUCAACGUCACGGUGGGGGGCACAGAGUACCUCCUCAAUCGCUACAACGUCCAGGUGGGGGGGCCCAGACCUGAGGCUUACUCCAAGGAUGUGGAACUGGCCGCGGGCUUGGACGAAGACGCCCGGCAGGAGCUCUGGGCAGAGCUGAAGGGGGCCGCCGAGUCCGGCUGGGACUUCUCGUCCCGCUGGCUCCUGCCAGGGCCGCCCCCCCUUCAGGCCACGCGGCGAGACACCCGGACCAGCGCGGUGGUGCCCGUGGAUCUGAACGCCGUCCUGUGCCGCGUGGAGUGGCUGCUGGCCUCCUUCUACGGGGCGCUGGGAAACGCCACGAAGGCCGCCCAGUUCCAGGCCGCGCACCAGCGGCGGGUGGCCGCGCUCCAGGCUGUGCUGUGGAGCGCCGAGGACGGGGUCUGGCUGGACUACAACCUCCUGCGCCGGCGGCGGAACCGGGCCUUUUACCCGAGCAACUUGGCGCCCCUGUGGACAGAGUGUGGGGUGACGGCGGGCGUGGUGGAGAAGGUGCUGGGCUACCUGCAGGGGAGCUCGGCCCUGUCCUACGCCAAUGGGCUGCCCACCUCGCUGGCGCGCACAGGGGAGCAGUGGGACCUUCCCAAUGCCUGGGCCCCCCUCCAGGACAUGGUGAUUGCAGGCCUGGCCAAGUCUUCCUCCCUCCCUGCGCAAGAGCUGGCCUUCUCCCUCGCCCAGCGCUGGGUGAGAACCAACCUGGCCGUCUACAGGAGGCACCACGCCAUGUUUGAGAAGUAUAAUGUAGAAGGAGAUGGGAGCCCCGGCUCUGGUGGCGAGUAUGACGUCCAGGAGGGGUUUGGCUGGACCAACGGCGUGGCCUUUCACCUCCUGGACCUCUAUGGAGACCGCCUCACCUCGGCAGGCUCACCAGACCCCUGCACCGGGGCCUGGGCCGCCCUCCUCCUCCUCCGGAUGGUCUGGGAGUAGAAGCCACUUGCGGGGAGGGCUGGGCAUCUGGAGCAGCUGCCGGCCGGCCAGCCUCCUCCUCCCCUCUGGGGGACGGGCCUGGAAUGUACAUGAGCCAGCCAAGCCAGGGAAUAAAACUGCCCUGAGCCAUUUUGGGAAGGGCGGGAUGGAAAUUGAAUUAAGUAAUAAUAAUAAUAAUAAAGUUGUCUCGCUUCCUGCCAUGCA